AUGCGGCGGCUAUGGCGAUGGUACCAGCAGUCCCUGUCCUCCUACCCCGUGCGGACGCAGGUCGUCAGCUCCGGCAUCCUCUGGGCCCUCGGCGACAUCGGCGCCCAGGCCGUCACCCACAAAUCCGCCAGCUCCCACCACCACCACGCCAAGAACCCCGAGGUUCAGGAUAAAGAUAAAGAGUUCAAAAUUGAUUGGAAGAGGGUCGGCAUCACAAGUUCAUUUGGAUUUGCUUUUGUUGGACCUGUGGGACAUUACUGGUACGAAUACUUGGAUCGUAUGGUCCGACGAAGAUACCUGCCUGGUUCGUUCAAAUUUGUAGCCUCAAAGGUUGCAGCGGAUGGUCUCCUCUUUGGGCCGCUAGAUCUGGGGCUGUUCUUCUCUUAUGUGGGCCUUGCUUCAGGAAGGAGUCUGGAGCAGGUGAAGGAUGAUGUGAAGAGGGAUAUCAUUCCUGCUCUGGUUUUAGGGGGAGCCAUCUGGCCGGCUGUGCAGAUCGCAAACUUUCGCUUCAUUCCCGUGCGAUAUCAACUGCUGUACGUGAACUUGUUCUGCCUGUUAGACAGCUGUUUCUUGUCUUGGAUCGAGCAACAAGGAGACGCGGCUUGGAAGCAAUGGUUCACAUCGUUCCAGAAGAAAAUCGAAGACCAGAAGAGCAACGCUUGA